AUGGCUGAUUCUUCUUCUGAAUCAGAGGAAUCAUCACCGAUUUCCAAUUCUCGAAUUCAAAACCAACCACAUGAUUUUACUCAAUCUCCUUAUUAUCUUCAUCCCAGUGAAAACCCAGGAUCCGCUUUGAUUUCACUUCAAUUAAAUAACACAAAUUACCAUUCAUGGAGCCGCAACAUGAAACGUGCACUCAUAUCAAAGAACAAGAUCAAGUUUAUCAACAGCAAAUUACCUGCACCAGAGGAAGACGAUCCAAUGUUUGAUUAUUGGGAGCGCUGUAAUAGCAUGGUCGUGUCGUGGAUCACUCGCACACUUUCUCCGCAAAUCACUCAAAGUGUCGUGUAUAUCGAUAAUGCUAACGUUUUGUGGGACGAACUGUGCAAUCGAUUCACCAAAGGUACUCAUUUCAAACUUUCUAGUCUUCUUCAAGAAAUUCACUCCAUGAAACAAGGAGAACGGUCUGUUAAUGAAUUUUUCACCGCCAUGAAAAUUGUUUGGGAUGAUUUAGAGGCUCUGCGUACGAUCCCUAUUUGUUCCUGUAACGUUAGAUGCAGUUGUGAUGCCUUCAAAAUUAUGCACAAUCAACGUGAUAUUGAGUAUGCCAUCUGUUUUCUAAAAGAGUUAAAUGAUGUUUAUAGCACAGUCAGAUCUCAAAUCUUGCUCAUGAAACCAUUACCUUCAAUUAGUGAAGUUUUCUCUCUUAUUAUUCAACAAGAAGAUCAUUUGGCUGGUACUGCAACCAGUCACUCUAGAGUUAUGUAUAAUGCAAGUGUAAGAUCAACACAAGGCAGAGGUAUUACUCAUUCAGGAGGUCGUGGUCCUUCCAAUAAUUAUGUCGGAAGAGGGAGAGGUAGAUCUCGUCCAGGAAGUCGCGAUCCUCCGAAAAAGUGUACUUUCUGUUACAGAGAUAAUCACACUGUUGAAGAUUGUUAUGAGAAGCAUGGUUUUCCUCCGGGUUAUAAAUCACGAUAUCAUUCUAGCACCAACAGUCUUACUGCAAGUGAAGGAAACACUUCAUCUAAUGUUACAGGAACAAAUAGGGAUCGGAUGCAGAGCCUCUAA